CCCUCCCCGCCCAGGUGACACGGCCCGGUGGCGUCACCGCGCCGCCCGUUAAUUAAUACCGCUUUAAAACCGUCGCGUCCCCAUAAUUUUUAUUAUGUUUUUUGUUUUUUUUUUUUUUUAAAUAACAGCGCCCCUCCGCGCCGCCGCUCCCACCCCACCACCUCGCCGCUCGUUGCCGAGCAACCGAGCACCGCCCACUGACCUACUUCUAAAAUUAAAAUAAAUCCUUUCCACGCGGGGCAGGCGGGCACGGCCGUGGGGCCGCUGUCACCCGCAACCGCGCUUCUCUCUCCUCCCUCUCUCUAAAAAAAAAAAAAAAUCCCGCUCCCCCGCAGCGAGGCGAUUUAUUUUACUCAUUUAUAUUUUUUUUCAUCCCGCCCAGCCCGUCCGCGCAGUAACGGAAAACAAGAUGGCGCGGGAGCUUUUUUUUUUUUUCUGAUUUUUUUUUUUUUUUUUUCCCUCCUUUCAAACCCGCGGGAGGCCGGCCCCCUCCCUUCCCAGCAUGCCCCGCGUUUUUCUAACGAAUUUCGGUUCGAGUUCGCCGUUUGGGCGCCAUUUUCGAGUGUGGAAGCUGCCGAGCCGCGGCGGGAGCCGGGAGCCGCCCGCUUUACCGCAACCUGCCGCCUCGCUGGGGCCGGAGCACCGCGAAUCCUCGAAGCAAAGGAGAUAGAUCCCUUCAGUAGUUUGAUUGCUUGGAAUGGAACAGCCACCAGAGAUUAUGCCAAGCAAGAGCACCAAAACCUCUACAGCAGCCCAUCGGAAAGGCAGAGAGCCCUUAGAGGAGUCCACCAGUGACACAGAAUUGAAAAAUGAAGGCAACAGAGAGCUUGGCGAAGUACCUCCACAAGCAGCCUCAGAUGAGAUGCUUGAUAAUCAAAGUUUAGAAGAGAUUUUGGGUAGCAUCUCUCCUCCCCCACUUCCAGCAAUGACCAAUGAAGCUGGUGCUCCUCGUCUCAUGAUAACUCAUAUUGUAAACCAGAACUUCAAAUCCUAUGCAGGGAAGCAAACUUUGGGACCUUUUCAUAAGCGUUUUUCAUGUAUUAUUGGGCCAAAUGGCAGUGGAAAAUCCAAUGUUAUUGAUUCAAUGCUUUUUGUGUUUGGGUAUCGAGCACAAAAAAUUAGAUCCAAAAAACUCUCUGUUCUGAUCCAUAAUUCUGAUGGACAUGCGGAUAUCCAGAGUUGUUCUGUGGAAGUCCACUUCCAAAAGAUCAUUGACAAGGAAGGAGAUGAUUACGAAGUCGUUCCUAACAGCAGUUUUUAUGUAUCUAGAACUGCUUAUAGAGAUAAUUCUUCUGUCUACAACAUCAAUGGGAAGAAAAUGACAUUCAGAGAUGUUGGUAUUCUUCUCCGAAGCCAUGGAAUUGAUCUGGACCAUAACAGGUUCUUAAUUUUACAGGGGGAAGUUGAACAAAUCUCAAUGAUGAAACCGAAAGGCCAGACUGAACACGAUGAAGGCAUGCUUGAGUAUUUAGAAGACUUAAUAGGAUCUGCACGACUAAAAGAUCCUAUCAAAUCUCUGUGUCGCAGAGUAGAGCUUUUAAAUGAACUAAGAGGAGAAAAGUUAAAUAGAGUUAAAAUGGUGGAAAAAGAAAAGGAUGCCUUGGAACCGGACAAGAAUAAAGCCAUUGAAUUUCUUUGUUUGGAAAACAAAAUUUUUAAAGAAAAGAAUUAUAUAUCUCAAUACUAUAUCUAUGACCUAAAGAAACGAAUAAAUGAUAUUGAAAUGCAGAAAGAAAAAGUUAAUGAAGGAAAACAAGGUAUUAAUCAGAAGAGUAGAGAACUUGCAGAUGAAAUGAAAACCAAGAAUAAUGCUUUGAAAGAACUUGAAAAGAAACUGGAUAAAAUUACAAAGUUCAUAGAGGAAAAUAAAGAAAAAUUUACUCAGUUGGAUUUGCAGGAUGUUAAACUGAGGGAAAAACUAAAACAUGCCAAAAGCAAGGCGAAAAAACUGGGAAAGCAACUUGAAAAGGACAAAGAAAAGGUAGAAGAAUUGAAAAAGGUACCUUCCAGCAGUGAAACAGUUAUCAGCGAGGCCACAUCUAAGAAAGAGCUUCUUGAAAAGGCAAAAGAGAAAGAAGAAAAAAAACUCCAACAGGUUUUGAAUAGCCUUAAGGAAGAAACAAAAGAAAUUCAGGAAGAGAAAGAGGGCAGAGAGAAAGACCUUAUGGAGCUUAGUAAAGCAGUGAAUGAAGCACGUUCCAAGAUGGAUGUAGCCCAGUCAGAGCUUGAUAUCUAUCUCAUCAGUUACAACACCGCUGUGUCUCAGUUAAAUGAGGCAAAGGAGGCUCUGAGGACUUCUUCAGAAACCCUUAAGGAAAGGAAAGCUGCUAUCAAAGAUAUAGAUAAAAAACUCCCUCAAGCUGAACAGGAAUUGAAGAAGAAAGAGAAUGAGCUUGAGAAGCUGGAAAAAGAAGAAUCAGGUGCUAAGAAUCUUGUUCGAGAUCUGCGUCAAAAAGUAGAAGAAGCCAAAAGUUCUUUAGCACAAAGUCUCAGCCGAGGCAGAGUGCUUGAGGCUCUGCUUCAGCAGAAGAAAUCUGGAAAUAUUCGUGGGCUAUAUGGAAGACUGGGAGACUUGGGAGCUAUCGAUGAGAAGUAUGAUGUUGCUAUUUCAUCCUCUUGCGGUGCCUUAGACAACAUUGUUGUUGAUACAAUUGAUACUGCACAGGCAUGUGUGAAUUUCUUAAAGGCAAAAGGAAUUGGAGUUGCUACAUUUAUAGCCUUGGACAAAAUGACUGUAUGGGAAAAAAAAAUGCAAAAAAUCCCAACUCCUGAAAAUAUUCCUCGGUUGUUUGAUCUGGUGAGAGUGGGAGACGAGAAGAUUCGCCUGGCCUUUUACUUUGCAUUACGUGAUACUCUAGUAGCUGAUAACUUGGAAGAAGCUAUCAGAGUAGCAUUCCAAAAGGAUAAAAGGUGGAGGGUGGUGACACUGCAAGGACAAAUCAUUGAACAGUCAGGAACAAUGACCGGUGGUGGGGGUAAAAUAAUGAAGGGCAGAAUUGGAUCCGCAGUCGUAAUGGAUGUUUCAGAAGAAGAGGUCAAUAAAAUGGAAUCUCAGCUACAGAAGGACUCUAAAAGAGCAGCGCAGUAUGAAGAAGAGAAAUUACGACUUGGAGAAGCCAUAAGAAAACUGCACCACGACGUUCGGGAAAUGAGGAAUACUUUAGAGAAAUAUACAGCGAGCAUCCAGAGUUUAUCUGAACAAGAAGCUCAUCUAAAAACCCGAGUUAAGGAACUUGAAGCUAAUGUAAUUGCUGCUGCUCCGGACAAAAACAAACAGAAGGAGUUGGAAAAAAACCUCAAUACUUACAAAAAAGAUUAUGACUGUGUUGCUGAGAGAGCUGGGAAAAUAGAAAAUGAAGUGAAACGAUUACAUAACCUCAUAAUUGACAUCAAUAAUCACAAACUCAAAGCUCAACAAGAGAAACUUAAUCAGAUCAGCAAAGAAAUAGAUCAGUGUGCUUCAACUGUUACUAAAGCGCAAGUGGUGAUCAAGACAGCGGAGAGAAACCUGAAAAAAUCUGAAGAGUCUGUUCUUCGCACGGAGAAGGAAAUUAAAAAUAAUGAGAAAGAAAUUAAAGACUUAACAGAAGAGCUGACUACACUAGAAGACAAAGCUACUGAGGUUAUAAAUGACUGCAAGCAAGCUGAAGAAGCGUUGCCCAUGGUUCAGGAGGAGCAUCAAUGUUUAUUCCAGGAGAUGAAAACUCUUCAGGAGGCUGAACACGCACUUCAAAAGGAAGCUCUUAAUAUUAAGCUGAAAAUUGAACAAUUUGAUAGUCAUAUUUCUACACACCAGUCCAAGAUUAAAUACUGGCAAAAAGAGAUAUCGAAAUUAUCACUGAACACCAUAGAAGGUGAACCUCCUGAAGAACUUCCAGUACUAAGCCAAGAAGAGCUCGAGGCUAUCAAGGAUCCUGACAUUAUCACUAAACAGAUAGCUCUCCUGGAAGCCCAGUGCCACGAAAUGAAACCCAACCUUGGUGCUAUUGCAGAAUAUAAGAAGAAGGAAGAGGUGUACUUGAAACGUGUGGCUGAAUUGGAUGACAUUACCAAUGAGAGAGACCGCUUCAGACAAGCUUUUGAAGAUCUUAGGAAACAAAGGCUAAAUGAGUUUAUGGCGGGAUUUAAUGUAAUAACAAAUAAACUGAAGGAAAACUACCAGAUGCUCACUUUGGGAGGGGAUGCCGAGCUGGAACUUGUGGACAGUCUGGAUCCUUUCUCGGAGGGAAUCAUGUUUAGUGUUCGGCCUCCGAGGAAAAGCUGGAAGAAGAUCUACAACUUAUCAGGAGGAGAGAAGACUCUCAGUUCGCUGGCUCUCAUUUUUGCUCUUCAUCAUUACAAGCCAACGCCACUUUAUUUUAUGGAUGAGAUCGAUGCAGCACUUGACUUCAAAAAUGUAUCAAUUGUAGCAUAUUACAUAUAUGAACAAACAAAAAACGCGCAAUUUAUCAUCAUCUCCCUGCGAAACAACAUGUUUGAGAUCGCGGACAGAUUAAUUGGAGUUUAUAAGACUCACAAUAUCACCAAAAGUGUGGCAACCAACCCCAAAAUCAUUGCGUCUAAAGGACUGACUGAACUCGGCGCGCUCGGGUGUAGUACAGCUGAGAAAUAGAGCGGAAGAAACUUCCCUUCUCAUUGCUGCUGGUUUAUGUGAGAUCUUUUUUCGUUUAGUUUGGUAUUUGAGCUCAUUAAUAAAGCUGGCUUUCAUAAA